AUGAUUCUAAGGAGGCUGGGGUGUAGAAGACGUCGCUUUCAAAGCGCCCUUGAUGAAAUAGUACAGGUGGUGCAAGGGGAAUUAAGGGGAAGCGGUAGUCUUCUUGGGUACAGAGCAAUGCACCAGAGACUCGUGAAUCAUUACGGACUUGUUACUACGAGAGACGUUGUUCGGCAUAUAUUGAAGGUCUUUGACCCUGAAGGAGUGGAACACCGAUCAAGGUAUAGACUUCGAAGAAGGGUCUAUAGACGGUUAUGACAAAUUGAAACCUUUCAAUAGAAGAAUUUUAUGGCUUGAGGUAGCAUCUUCAAAUAACGACCCCAAAAUAGUAGCCCAGUAUUACCUUGACUGUGUUAGGCAGUUAGGAGCUACUGUACGCAUUAUUCUGGGAGACAGGGGAACUGAGAUGGUGAACCUUGCAGCUAUUCAAAGAUUCUUUGGCAGGUCCUCUGAGGAUGAUUUUUCGAGAGAAUGGAGUUCAUUUACGGAAAAUCAACUUCAAAUCAAAGAAUAG